AUGGCAGGUGGUUUUGAAGAUAUAUGUGAUGUAAGAAAGACUGAUCAAUUAGGCAGAUUUCUGGUGGCUAAACGUGAUAUUAAACCCGGCGAACUAAUACUAGCUGAAGAUCCAAUUGUGGUAGGACCCUAUUGGGAUGCUGAUAUAAGCUGUCUAGGGUGCCUUCGGCCUGCCUCGAGAGCGUGCAAAAAAUGCCUCAAAGCGCCCCUGUGCCGUGAUUGUUCGGUACAUGACGAUACGGAAUGUACUUUCUUUAAACAAGCAACAAAUUUAGGAAAGAAUUUUCUCUUCGACCAUUUCAAUACUGUGACCCCCAUUCGUUGCCUUUUGCUGUAUCGCAACGAUCGAAAUAAAUUCGAUCAGUUAAUGUCGUUGGAAUCGCAUUGCGACUAUCGUAGAGGAACAGACAUAUGGCAAAUUCACGAACAAUACGUUGUCGAACCUUUGCUGUGUGAAGAAGUAUUCCAACAGAUCGAUGAUCUUAACGUAACAUCGAAGCUGCUACAGCAGAUCUGCGGGAUUCUAGAUGUGAACACAUUUGAAAUACGAGGCAACAUGGAUAGCCAAGGAACACAAAUGAAUAAUUUGGCUCGAGGGUUGUACCCUCGCACUUCUCUUAUGACGCAUAGCUGCCAAACAAAUACUAUUAUAGCUGUUGAUGGCAAUUCUAAGCUACGACUUUACGCGUCUGUUGCAAUCAAAGCCGGUGAUUUAUUGUACUAUAAUUACACUCGAGUCUUAUUCAGCACGUUUGAAAGACAAACACAUUUGCGUAAAGGAAAAUACUUUACUUGCACAUGUAUCCGCUGCAAUGACCCUACAGAAUUGGGCACGCAUCUCAGCUCUCUAAAAUGUACGAAGUGUGAUGAUGGUCUCUGCAUAUUUCAUCAAGAAACUCCAAAAUGGGAAUGUAACUUAUGCAGCCAUCUGCUGUCCAAAGAGUACGUGAAUCAAGUAAUGUGUGAGGCAAGAGAAGAUGUUUCUAAUUGCGCGCCUGACAUACGGGAUCUCGAAAGAGUUAUCGGAAAACAUUCGAAAACACUCAAUCCUCAUCAUUCGCUAAUUUUGGAGGCUAAACAAAACCUUGCCAGUGAAUUAAGAAGUAUUUGUAUGUUCUACGACCCUCAAAAUGUGCCCCGUCAAGUAUUGAAACGUAAGUUGGAGUUAUGUCAAGAGAUCCUACAAGUUCUACGAGCUCUUGAUUCAGGAAUUUCCCGAUUAACGGGUAUAGCCUUGUAUGAGUACCAUAUAGCACUGGUGGAUUUAUCACGUCGCAACCAUGAUAUUGGAGAAAUCAAAACUUCUGAGUUGGUAGAGAAUUUACAUACUGCUGAAGGUAUCUUGAAGGAGGCAAUUAGUAUGCUCAUUUUCGAGCAUCCAACUACACCAGAAGGAAAUCUCACAAAAAAGGCCAUGUGUGAAUUAAAAGAACUCCGCGAGUAUCUUCAAAGAAUUGAGGCCAUGGCAGACGAUCAAGGAUUAAAUUGUCAAUUCCGAGGCAGGCGGAACAAGGGAUAUAGAAAAUGA